ACUGAUAGAUUCGACAGUCAAAGAAGUUGAAGCUGAUGAAGGUUUAGGAUCUCGAAGAUCACAAAUUCAUAGAUGGAAGAAACUGCCGGAAAAAUCUUAUUUGAGACACGACAUCAUGCUUCUAGCCCAUAUAUUUCCAAUUAUCCUCCAAAUCAUCAACAGUUGAAUGAAGACGCCAAAAGCGGUUAUCUUUCAAGAUUGCUUUCUUCCUCAGGUAUUGCCCAGCUCAAGGAGAGAUGGAGAAAGCAUGGGCAUCCAACAAAAGUAAGGAGAUAUGCAUCCUUGUUUGUUUCCCCAAGAGGUGAUCUUGUGGCUGUAGCAUCUGGGAAUCAGAUAACAAUCCUGCAGAAGGAUGAUGACUACCAAAAACCUUGUGGAAUAUUUGUCUGCAAAAGCAUUACUUCAUUCCAUUGUGGGGCAUGGUCUGAAACUCAUGAUGUUCUUGGUGUUGCUGACGAUAGUGACACAAUCUAUCUCAUCAAAGCUAAUGGUGAGGAAAUUACCAGAAUUUCCAAGGGUCAUAUAAAAAGCUCUUCACCAGUAGUUGGCCUGAUGGUGCAGAAUGAUGCUGAUUUGAAGAAAUCUUGCUUGUGUACCUUCACUAUAAUUACAGCAGAUGGGUUGAUUCAUGACAUUGAGAUCAGUCAAGAUCCAAGUGCAUCUGUUUUCUCACCCCUUGCCUCGAGCAGUGGGACGAUGCUGAAGCAGUUUCCACAUGAUAUGAUCUGCCUGGAUUACCAGCCAGAAAUGAGCUUAUUUUCCAUAGUUAGCAGUGCUGGCGGUUUACAGCUAACUACUAAUGGAUUGUACAGUCUUUCUCUUUGCCGGAAAAGGGGAAACUUAGCCCUGGAAGUUGUCGUUUCUACUCAGUUUGAGGGUAUCUUUUCUAUCCCGAAAGAUUAUGUCGGUCAUAUAACUUCCUCUAAGGUGUCAAUAUCACCACAGGGAAGAUUUGUCGCUACUCUUGAUAUGGGAGGAUCUUUGAAUACCUUUAAGUUUGAUGAGGAACAGCGUUCUCUCUCAAAAUGUUCUUAUGGAGAGGGAAAUGAAUUACAUCAGGGAAAUAAGGAGUCAAAUAAGGGGAACAUUCUCGUGAAUGGGGUUACAGAUUUUGCCUGGUGGUCUGAUGGUAUACUUGCUGUUGCAGAAAGGAAUGGCAACAUCACUAUGAUUAAUAUAUGUACCGGUGCUAAGCUAUGUAAGACGGAUGAGACUAUGUAUUCAUUGCCCCUUUUAGAGAGAAUGCCACAGUUGUCGGGAAAGCUUUUUCUACUGGAGACAAAACCAUCCAUUCAGAACAAUGAAUCGACUAAAGAUAUUAGAGCAAGCAAUUUUCAUCUUAUGGAGUGUGAUUAUGGUGAUAUGAAUAAUAAGUUUGACUGGGCUAAUUUCCGAUGGAGCUUAGUUUCAUUUUCUGAACGAUCCAUUUCUGAAAUGUAUGAUAUAUUUAUCUCCAGACAAGAGUAUCAGGCUGCUCUCAUGUUUGCCGAUCAGCAUGGGCUAGAUAAAGACGAAGCUCUAAAGGCACAGUGGUUGCACUCCUCCCAGGGUGUAAAUGAGAUAAAUACACUACUUUCAAAUAUCAAGGAUCAAGUUUUCGUACUUUCUGAAUGUGUGGGUCGAUUUGGACCAACUGAAGACGCAGUUAGAGCUUUGCUUGAUCUUGGACUUCGCAUAACUGGCCGUUACAGAUUUUCUGAGCCUGAGGUUGAUGAUCAUAGUAAGGUGUGGGAUUUUCUUGUGGCAAGACUUAAAUUGUUGCAAUACAGAGACCGGAUAGAGACAUUUCUUGGGAUAAACAUGGGCAGGUUUUCUUUACAGGAGUACAAGAAAUUUUGUAGUUUGCCCAUUAAAGAAGCUGCAAUUGCACUUGCAGAAAGUGGCAAGAUUGGGGCAUUAAACCUUCUCUUUAAGCGUCAUCCUUACUCCUUAACUUCCUCAUUGUUGGAUGUCUUAGCUGCCAUCCCUGAGACUGUUCCGGUGCAGACUUAUGGGCAGCUCCUUCCUGGGAGUUCCCCUCCUCCAAGUAUUUCUUUGAGGGAAGAAGAUUGGGUUGAGUGUGAUGAGAUGGUAACUUUUAUUAUCAGCAGAGUCCCUGAGAGUCAUGAGAGCUAUACUCAGAUCAGAACUGAGCCAAUUGUAAAACAAUUUUUGGGUUCUCAAUGGCCUUCAGUAAGUGAACUAUCGUCUUGGUACAAAAAAAGAGCCAGAGAUAUUGAUACCCUAAGUGGGCAACUCGAUAACUCCAUGUGCUUGAUUGACUUUGCUUGUCGCAAAGGCAUUUCUCAAUUGCAGCCGUUCCUAGAGGAGAUUUCUUACUUACACCAGCUAAUCUAUUCUGAGGAGAAUGAAGAAAUGAAUUUCUCCAUGAGUCUUACUAGAUGGGAAAGCUUACCUGAUUAUGAAAGAUUUAAAUUGAUGUUGAUUGGGGUCAGAGAAGAUACUGUUAUUAAAAGACUACAUAGUAAAGCAAUUCCAUUCAUGAAAAAGAGGUUUCACUCUUUGACUGUGCCUUCCAGAGAUGAGAAAACAGAUUACUCAGCUGAGUCAUUUCUGGUCAGAUGGCUGAAGGAGAUCGCCACUGAGAAUAAAUUGGAGAUGUGUUCAGUUGUAAUUGAAGAGGGUAGCAGAGAGGUCCAGAAUAAUAACUUUUUCCAUAAUGAGGCUGAGGUUGUAGAUUGUGCUCUUCAGUGCAUAUACGCUUGUUCUGGUACAGAUAGGUGGAGUACGAUGGCCUCCAUUUUGUCUAAACUUCCAUUUCCACGUGAUUCUGAAGCGGCAAGUCUCAAGGAAAGGUUGAGACUCACAGAAGGUCAUAUUGAAGCAGGAAGAAUAUUGGCGCUUUACCAGGUCCCAAAGCCUAUCAGCUUUUUCCAGGAGGCAUAUUCUGAUGAAAAGGGUGUAAAGCAGAUAAUUCGUCUCAUUUUAUCCAAAUUUGUUCGCCGACAGCCUGGACGAUCAGAUAAUGAUUGGACAAAUAUGUGGCUUGACUUGCAGUCUUUGCAAGAGAAAGCAUUUUGCUUCAUAGAUCUUGAGUAUGUCUUGAUGGAGUUCUGCAGGGGAUUGCUGAAAGCAGGAAAAUUUUCACUUGCGAGGAAUUAUUUGAAAGGUGUGGGUUCAGUGUCGUUGGCAAAUGAUAAAGCAGAAAACCUUGUUAUUCAAGCUGCCAGAGAAUAUUUCUUCUCAGCGUCAAGUCUUUCUAGUUCCGAAAUUUGGAAGGCUAAAGAAUGCUUGAAUAUCCUUCCAACUAGCAGAAAUGUGAGGGUGGAGGCUGAUAUAAUUGAUGCUGUAACUGUUAAACUUCCCAACCUUGGUGUCACCUUGUUGCCAAUGCAAUUCAGGCAAAUUAAAGAUCCGAUGGAAAUAGUUAAGUUGGUUGUUACAAGUCAAGGUGGAGCUUAUCUGAAUGUUGAUGAGAUUAUUGAACUAGCCAAACUUUUUGGGUUAAGCUCGUACGACGACAUAUCAGCUGUACAAGAAGCUAUUGCAAGAGAAGCUGCAGUGGUUGGAGAUCUCCAACUGGCUUUUGAUCUAUGUCUUGUUUUGGCCAAAAAAGGGCAUGGUUCGGUCUGGGACUUAUGUGCAGCACUGGCAAGAGGUCCUGCCCUUGAGAACAUGGAUAUUUCUUCCAGAAAACAGCUGUUAGGUUUUGCUUUGAGCCACUGUGAUGGGGAAUCAAUUGCUGAGUUACUACAUGCAUGGAAAGAUCUGGAUAUGCAAGAUCAAUGUGAAUCUUUAAUGGUGUUGACUGGGACAGAGCCUGAAAAUGCCUUAGUUCAGGACUCAACUAUGUCCUAUAAACCACCUUGUACCCCAGAUAAAACAGACUUAAAGGAGUGUUCUGACCAGGAAGCACAACUUAAGCAGAUUGAAAAUGUACUCUUUCAGGUAGCCAAAGAUGUACAGGUGGAUGGUGAUUGGACCAUUCCGUCCAUCUUGAGAGAAAAUGGAAAACUAUUGUCAUUUGCUGCUGUGUAUCUUCCAUGGUUACUUGAACUGAGUCAAGAAGCAGAAAACAAUAAGAAAUUCAAAUCCAGCUUGUUUUCAGGGAAUCGAUAUGUCAGUCUAAGAGCACAGGCAGUGAUGACUAUCUUGUCCUGGUUAGCAAGGAAUGGUUUUUCCCCAAAGGACAGUUUGAUUGCCUGUGUUGCUAAUUCCAUUAUGGAGUCGCCUGUCUCUGAGGAGGAAGACAUCCUAGGAUGCUCUUUCUUAUUAAAUCUUGCCGAUGCCUUUUCAGGGGUGGAUAUAAUUGAAAGAAACUUGAUAACAAGAGAGAAUUACAAUGAAAUAACCAGCAUAAUGAAUGUUGGGAUGAUAUACAGUUUGUUGCACAAUUGUGGAAUCAAGUGUGAAGACCCUGCACAAAGGAGGGACUUGCUUCUGACAAAGUUCCAGCAGAAACAUAAACUGAUCUGCUCAGAUGAAAAAGAACAAAUAGACCAAGCACAAUCUACAUUUUGGAGAGAAUGGAAACUGAAGCUAGAAGAGCAAAAGCGCAAUACAGACAGUUCAAGGAGUUUAGAACAAAUUCUCCCUGGUGUUGAAGCUGCUCGCUUCUUAUCUGGGGACAUGGACUACAGAGAGAAUGUUGUUUUAUCAUUUAUCGAGUCCAUGACCCCAGAGAAGAAACACAGUGUGAAGGAUGUACUGAAGUUGGCCAAUACUUAUAGCUUAGAUUGCAACAAGGUGCUGCUGCAUUAUCUGAGAUCUAUCUUUGUUUCUGACGCUUGGAGCACUGAUGAUGUUAGAAAUGAAGUGUCAAAUCACAGAGUAGAACUACUUGCUUGUGCUGCAGAAACAAUAAAAUGUAUUUCCUCGUCGAUCUACCCUGCAGUUGAUGGACAUGAUAAGCAGAGGCUUUCUCUAAUAUAUGGCCUGCUCUCUGACUGCUACUUGCAGCAAGAUGAACAAAAGGAUCCAAUGCAUCCUCAUUCUAUUCAUAUUGCUCGUUUUUCCAAGAUUGCUGAAGAAGAAUGUUGCAGGGUGUCCUGUAUCGAGGAUCUGAACUUCAAAAAUGUUGCUGGAAUUCAAGAUUUGAACUUGGAUUGCUUCAACAGUGAAAUUUCUGCUCACAUCAAUGAAAACAAUGUUGAGGCAUUGGCAAACCUGGUCAAGAACCUUCUUUCCGUUCGUGAUGGUCCUGUGCCUGAUGGUCUCUUGUCUUGGCAGUAUGUAUAUGAACAUCAUGUUUUAAGUUUGUUGACAAAGUUGGAAGCUAGAACUGAACAGGGGGUCGAUAUUCAAAGCUCUGAAAGUCUUCAUUGCUUAAUCAGUGAGAUUGAGCAGACUUACAAUACCUGCUGCAAAUACUUAAAAUUUGUCCCAAAUCCUGCUCGUCUGGACAUUCUGAAACGAUUCUUGGCCAUCAUACUACCUGCUGAAGGAUCUUUCAAGUCUCUGCCCUGUGGCUCAGGUUGGCAGGUGUGCCUUGCCAUGCUUGUGGAUACUUGGCUCAGAAUGUUGAAUGACAUGCAUGAAGUUGCACUCCUUGAGAAUUCGGAAGAAAGAUUCUGCUUAGAAUGUAUAAUGAUGUGUCUGAAAGUUUUUGCACGUCUAGUUGCUGGGGAAAAAGUCUCAUCUAGUCAGGGGUGGGCUACAGUUAUUGGCUAUGUAGGCUAUGUUCUUGUUGGUGAUGUUGCUGCUGAAAUCUUCAAUUUCUGCAGAGCGAUGGUUUAUGCUGGUUGUGGCUUUGGAGCCGUUGCAGUUGUAUAUGAUGAAGUCAUGGCUCACUCCCCACAUGAAGCUGGAUCGCUGACGGACUUUAAAAAAGAAGCUGCCAGCAUCCUGAAUCUUCGAAAUCUCUAUCUUAGUAUCUUGAAGACCAUCUUGCAGGAGUUGACUGACGAAUCUUGUGAGCAUCAGUGUCUACACUAUUACUUGUCAUCUUUGAGUAAAUUAGAUGGUGACUUGGAUAAUCUGCAGAGUGUUAGACAGGCAGUUUGGGAGAGAUUGGAAGAGUUCUCUGAGAACUUUCAGCUCCCCAACCAUGUUCGAGUUUACAUACUGGAGCUUAUGCAACUUAUUGCAGCUACUGAUAAAAGCAGCAAAAGAUUUUCGUCCAAGCUACAGGUGGAAGUUCAUUCUUGGGAAGGUUGGGAGAAUUUGCAUAAUGCAUCUGCGAACUGCGAGAACACUGCCACUGAUGGGAUUUCAAAUAAGAUAGAUACAUCUAAUAAGUUCACAAAUACCUUGAUUGCUCUAAAAUCUACACAGCUGGUCUCCACUAUUUCGCCCAACAUAGAGAUCACACCCGAAGAUCUUUCAACUGUGGAAUCUACUGUCUCUUGCUUCCUUGGAGUAUCUAAAUUUGCUGAAUCUGAAUCUCAUGUUGAUGCAUUAUUAGCUAUGCUCCGAGAAUGGGAGGGGCACUUUAGUAGGGAAGAAAUUGAAAAGGAUUCUGGUGAGGUAUCUGAUGGUAGAAACAGUUGGGCUAAUGAUGAUUGGGAUGAGGGAUGGGAAAGCUUCCAAGAACCUAUUGAAGAAGAACCAAAGAAGGGUGCUAAACUUUCAGUUCAUCCUCUUCAUGUCUGUUGGAUGGAGAUAUUCAGAAAACUACUAACUAUAUCCCAGUACAACAAAAUGUUGAAAUUGCUAGACAAAUCAGUGGCAAAGCCAGGCGAAGUAUUACUAGACGAAGAGAAUGCUCAAGGUUUGAGCCAGAUUGCAGUUGAAAUAGAUUGCUUUCUAGCCCUUAAGUUGAUGCUCUUGUUGCCAUACGAAGUAAUCCAGUUGCAGUGCUUGGAAUCUGUCGAGCAGAAGCUGAAACAAGAAGGCAUAUCUGACAAAAUCGGCGUGGAUCUUGAGUUUUUACUUCUCGUUUUAUCUUCUGGAGUUAUAUCAACUAUCAUCACCAAACCUUCAUAUGGUACCACAUUCUCUUAUAUUUGCUUUAUGGUGGGGAGCUUCUCUCGACAGUGCCAAGAGUCCCAGUUAUCAAGUUCCAGACGUGGUGAAUCUGCAGAAAGUGAGAGUAUAUCAAAAGAUUAUAUUGAUCUUUUCCCAAGACUGAUCUUUCCCUGUUUUGUCUCGGAGCUUGUGAGGUCAGGGCAGCAGGUUUUAGCAGGAUUUCUUGUUACCAAGCUCAUGCAUACAAAUCCUUCUCUUAGCUUAAUCAACAUAGCAGGUGCUUGUCUCACAAAGUAUUUGGAGAGGCAAAUACAAAUACUACAUGACAACCCCUCCUCUAGGGAUGGGGUGGGAUCGUCUGAACCAUUGGUAAAUACGAUAUCCAGUUUGAGGGAUAGGAUGCAAAACCUGAUCCAAUCCUCACUAUCGUCGCUUUCACAUGAUCAUAGAUGAUUAUAACAUUUGAGUUUUCCCUUUUGUUUUUGUUCAUAUGCCAGUCAUUGUUCUUUGAAAUCUUUGUACAAACUUUGUAGCCAGAACAUUUUAGCAAUUUUGCUGGAGCGUAAAUGGUGAUAUAUUCAAAAGGGAAUGAUAUUUGUAUACCAAAA